AUGGCGUCUAAACCAUCCCGUGCUCCUGAUUUUUUUGAGCGCUACUACAUUUGCAGAGACACGUGUGGCUAUCUCAAUAAGGGGUUCAACAUUUCCGCCCGCUUGUCGCGUCCUGUUAAUGAUGCUGUCUUGUCCCAGGCCCUCAGAGCCACAGUGCUUGCUCACCCGCACUACCUUUUGCAUAUGGUACGAGCUGAUGGCUGCAAAACCGCUGAUCCCCGCGAAGAAGACGCGAAAGCAAAUGGCACAAAUUACGAGGUGCAGUUUGUGGAGAAGCUCGCUUUCAGCGACGUUGUGCGUCACGCGUCGGUGCCAGCGUUAAACGACGAAGAGUUGGCCCGUUUGGCGACAGUGCGCACGCCAUGUGACGUAUCAACCCCGUCAUGGUAUCUUAACGUGUGUGAAACUGACGAAGGACAAUAUUUAACGUUUGCCUGUAACCACGUAUUCUUCGAUGGUCGUUCGGCGGUACACUUCUUUGACGAUUUGGUGAAAGCUCUCGCAGCUGUCACUGAUAAGCUAGGCGAGAAUGGAGAAACCGAACUUUCAUCAGAGGUGGCCUUCGUGGACACUUUAUUUGACCUGAGCACGGACAACGUAGACAUGCCUCCAGCAAGCUCUGAGGUUGUUAAUUUGUAUCAAUCAUCGUGGUGGUUUGCCCUCAAGACCAUUGGUCUUUAUUUUUUGCCAACGCCAUUGAAGAAGCUUUGGAAAUAUUGGUGGGGUAUUUCACCCAAACGAAUGAUCUCGGUGCUGCCACUUACAGCAAUAAAUCCAUGUGCUUUUAGGCGUGUUCAUCUUGACGCGGCGCAAGCUGCUUCGCUUUUGGCACGUUGCCGCAAGUUGGGUGUCACGAUUACUUCUUACCUUGCUGCAAGUGUCUGCCAUGCCUUGGAUAAUAGUGUUGUUCCUGCUUUGGGUGGUUCAUUUGUGCACUCGCUCAAGCUUGUUGUAUGUGGCCGUCGGCAUUAUCCGAAUCAAAUUGAUGCGACCCGCUAUGGACUCUAUGUAUCUCCUGCUACAGACUACGUAGCUUCAGGACUGGACUUGAAUGAAACUGCUCGCACUGUGUCUCAAAGACUCUCUGCACUGACAGGCAAUCGCGCGCUCUUCUGGAUGACAGGAUUGCUCAAUUACAUUAAUAUCUGGGAUCACUUCCGUGGCGAGUUUGACGGCAAGCAUCAGCGCGCUACAAUCGAAAUUUCGAACGUGGGAAUGGUGCGCAUUGAGCACGGUCUGUGGGCCGUUGACGACAUGGUAUUCAGUCAGGGCGUGACAACCACGCACAUUACUCUUUCCGUCAUCAGUACGCCACAUGGAGGUCUAAACAUUGUUAUGGCGACACACGAUGAGUUGUGUAAAGUUGAAAAUGAGGGUAUUCCAGUAAUCGACACCUUCUAUAAGGUGUUUGAGGCUGACUUGACCAGUUAA